AUGCGUUUCCUCACCUCCAUCCUCGCCCUCGCGGCUACAGCUGCCGCCCUCACCAUCACAUCUCCCAAGAGCAUGGACCAAGUUGACAUGAGCAAGCCCGUCGAUAUUGAAUGGACCGCCGUCGACUCCGACCCCAAAAACUUCACCAUCAUCCUCGUCAACGUGCAAUCCAACCCGCCCGUCAGCAAAGUCCUCGCCAAGGACGUCAAGUCCUCCGACGAGAAGUACACCGUGGAUGGAGCGUCGGGGAUUCCCAAAUCAAUCGGCUACCAGAUCAACUUCGUCAGCACCGGGCCCAUGAACACCGGUAUCCUGGCGCAGUCGCCGCAGUUCAAUGUCACCGACGUCAAGUCCGCCUCCACCACCACCACAAGCACAAAGAGUAAAGGCACGGCCACGGCCACGGAGACGACCACGGCUACUGCGUCCGCGACGGAGACGAACGCCGGGGCGGCACUGGCGAUCCCUGCGGCCGGGUCGUUCAUGAUGGGUCUUUUUGCGUUGGUUUUGUAG